CACCAGUCUCUGAACUCGAAUUCAUCGCGGACAUUGCGGUCAAUAAUUAUCCAAGGCCGUUAAAUAUCGAAGAGAGAGGAUUCACAUUAGUCCCUCAAAAAAUCGCGGCUUGCCACAACCUUGCUCCUCGUCCCCUCCCAUCAGAUCCCCUCCUCGAUAGAGCUGAGUGAUCGAUAGGCAGGAUGGGGUUGACAUUCACGAAGCUAUUCAGCAAGCUUUUUGCGAAAAAAGAAAUGCGAAUUCUGAUGGUAGGUCUCGAUGCCGCCGGUAAGACCACCAUCUUGUACAAGCUCAAGCUCGGUGAAAUCGUCACCACGAUCCCUACUAUCGGAUUUAAUGUGGAGACGGUUGAAUAUAAAAACAUCAGCUUCACUGUUUGGGAUGUUGGGGGUCAGGACAAGAUCCGUCCAUUAUGGAGGCACUACUUCCAAAACACUCAGGGUCUUAUUUUUGUGGUUGAUAGCAAUGACAGGGAUCGAGUUGUGGAGGCAAGAGAUGAGUUGCACAGGAUGUUGAACGAGGAUGAACUGAGGGAGGCUGUUUUGCUUGUAUUUGCCAACAAACAAGAUCUUCCAAAUGCAAUGAAUGCUGCAGAGAUAACUGACAAGCUUGGUCUUCAUUCUCUCCGCCAACGUCACUGGUACAUCCAGAGCACAUGCGCAACUUCUGGAGAGGGUCUGUACGAGGGUUUGGACUGGCUUUCCAACAACAUUGCUAGCAAGGCAAGUACAUGAACAAAGCUUGAAAGCUAAAUAAAUAUGGAAAAGAAAGUCAAUGCAUCAAUAGCACAUAGAAUCAUAGAAUGGCUUAAGCUGCAGUGCAAUUGUCUACAAACACUGGAAUGGAAGAUCUUUGUGAAAGUUGGUUCAUUACUUCAUCUAAGUCAUCUUGGGUUCCAUGCAUGUUCAACGUUUGCACUUUUCCUUUCAUUAUUAUAUUACAACACUUCCUCCCUUUCUUUUCAGGCAUGAGGCUUUAAAGAAUUUUGGUUUCUGGCGAUUUGGAAGAUGACACCUUCCCCCCCUUCAGUGAAUGUUGUAA